AUGCCUUGGAAUUGCAGCAUUUGUGACGUUUUUGCCGCAGAUGAUUUAAAAGUGCUUUUAAAUCAUAUUGGUAGAUGCCACCGAAAUUACCCCAAUUUUCACUGCGUAUGUGGCAUUGAUGGUUGCGUGAAGACGUAUAAAAAAUAUUAUUCCUGGAGAAAACAAAUCCAAAAAAAACACAAUGUCGUCGAUACAGGCGAUCCGCUUGACGGAGAUAUGGCAGAGCCAAUGAACAUUGAUGCAAAUAACCCAGAAGAGGAUAAUGUUAACACAAAAUAGAUCACAAGAGCUAGUGCCUUAUACUUGCUGAAACUGCAAGAAGAGUGUUUUUUACCAAAAACAACAGUGAAAGGUGUUGUUGAAAAUACCAAGACCAUUGUACAAGAAACCUUAUUAGUUGUAAAAACGCAGGUGGAACAAUGUUUAUCCAAAAAUAAUAUAGAUCCUCAAGGUGUUCCGGAAUUAAAAUCGAUUUUUCAAGAAAGUAGUGCUAUCACAAAUCCGUUUAAUGAUUUGGAAACACAAUCACAACAAAAAACCUAUUACAAAGAGAAUUUUCAAUUAAAGGUGGGUAAAUAUUUCAAUUGUGAAAUUUGAGCUCCCCUAUUCCUGGACACCCUGUUUUAUUUAAACAAAUAACGUUUUUUAGCCUUCCCCCUGCAGCCCUCACCCCAAAUAAACCUCUCUCUCUGAUAAGCACCUUCUGAUACCCCCCCCCCCGGCAAAUAGAGAGAAUACGGUAUAUUUUGUACUAUAUUCUAUAGCCCCCAAAAGCUGAUGUUUAUAUGCCAUUGUAGGGUACUCACAAAAAAUUAAAAUGUUACUAUAUGUUUCCUUCUGUUUUAAUUUAAAAGGAGCCUCAAAGGAUUGUCCUCGGACAAAAAGAAGUAUAUAAGAGACGAAAGGGGACAUUCCAAGCAACUCAAUCCAAUGACGAAGCCUAUUAUAUUUCCAUUCUUGAUAGUUUAGAACAACUCCUCAAUGAUGAAUUUGUGUUAGAGCAGGUACACCACCUUGACUUUGAAACCAACUGUAAUGAGCUUACUGUACAUUAGACGAAAACGUUUUUUGAUGGGUUAUACAAGGGGGCUUAUAUGUGGACAGAAUUCCAGGCAGAGACUUUCUGGGGGGGGGUGCACCCCCCCCCAGAAAUGAUUUGCACCCCCCAGAGGCAUUUGGCACCGCCCCAAAAUGUUUUUGCACACCCGCAAAUUAUAUAUAUUUUGAUAGUUUCAUAUUUGAUUAUUUUUACUACUAAAUUUGUAAAAUUACCAAUAUUAUGGUCUCAGAUCUUGCCAUGCAGGCCUAAAACAAAUUUUGUUAAACUUUUUCCUUGGUCUUUCCGGGUGUUGCCACCACGCCCCAGCCAACGCAAGCAGCAGCACCACCACCCCCCCCCCCCAGAUUAUUUAUCCACCCCCCCUGAACGAAAAUAUGAAAAUCCGUCUCUGCGGAAAUAAUAUAGGCCUACCAUCAAGGUGUUCUGUAACAUGUGAUAUAUUGUAACAGUACACCUUGAUGGUAGACCUAUAUUAGGGGGGGGGGGGUCGGAGGUUUACGGCACUGGAAAAAUUAUCACACCACUAUUAAACAAAAUCUAGCACACUAUAAUUUAUUCACUCCAACCCAAACAACAAAUUGGAAUUCUAUAGUUGAAGUUUCUAGCACAAGGCACAGUUUUUUAAUUAACCUGUUUUAUUAAUUUUUUGAUCUCAUGUUAUACAGGUUGAAAACCCUCACACAAGUACCGACGGUCUUAUUAGAGAUUACUGCGAUGGACAACAGUUUAAGAAUCACCCAUUGUUUUCUGUUGAUCCAACUGCUCUGCAAAUCAUGUUAUACUACGACGACUUAGAAACGGCCAAUCCACUUGGAUCGAGAGCAGGAAAACAUAAACUUGGUAUGUUUACUUUGAAAAAUGGUAUUACAGGUAAAUAUUAUGUAAAUGGUAAAUGUUUUCACAAUUCUAUAUUUUAGGAGGAUUUUACUACAUGCUUGGCAAUAUUAACCCUAUGUAUCGGUCGUCAAUGAAGGCUAUACAACUUCUAUGCUUGUGCAAAACCGUUGAUAUAAAAAAGUAUGGAAUAGACGCAGUUCUUGAACCUUUUAUGGUCGGACUUACAAAAAUUGGAACAGGUACUGUAAAAGUUAACCCAACCAGACGUUCUACUAGAGAUACUUCAUUACAUUGAAGUUUUGCUUCAAAUGAGUAAGGGGCCAUUCACGAAAUACGUCAUGAUCCAAGGGAGGAAGGGUUGUGUUUAACAAAGGGGGAGGGGUGGGAGGGGGUAUCACAAACUUUGUCACCUGGCGUAUUGCCAUUGAUACAGGAUUGAUAACGAGGAGGACAAAUUUUCUAUGCUGUUCUAUACCACAAACAACAAUAUACUGUAAAGCUAACUGUAUGCUAUCUGUGACAAUGUUGCUGAUAUUGUAUUGAAAUAUAAUUAUUAAAAUUACGUUCCAAGUAUGUUAUCACAUAUUAAAUUUGUUAUGUGUGUGUCUGGGGGAGAAUCCCUUACAGUCACAUAAUUUUUGUAAGGGGGUAAUGCAAACUGUCACAUGUCAUAAUGAGGGAGGGGGGGGGGGUAAAAAGUUGGCAAAAAAGCAUCACAUGUUUUGUGAAUAGCCCAUAAUAUCAAGAAAAAAAAUUACACAAAAUAUUUUAAUUAUAUUUAUAUUAUAUAUACAUGCUUACAAUGAUUUUCAAAAUAUUUUAGUGAGAAUUAUUGCAAAAUUUAAGCACAACAAAAUCAUAACAUCACCGUUAUAGUCUAGCGCGCGUGCUUUAUAUUGACAGCUAAAUUCCAGGAUAAAUUGGGGUUUUUUCCUUCAAACUUUAAAAGUCAUUCACGGCGCAUAUUUCUGUUGUGAUGGUUUGUAUUAUGCUUUAGUUUGUAUAUCUAAGUUAUCUAACUUAUUUUUGUUCAGUUUCGGUAUUAUAAAUACUGUACGGUUUAAAAUGUCUUUUGACAAUUUGUUUACGUUUGCUAUUUUUAGCAGUUCUUGUGACAUAAAACUGACAUUUGAAGUAAGAGUAUUUUUCAGGGAGGUCGCGUAAUUUUGAAAACGGGUGUAAGAGUAAUAUGAAAUGACAAAAUAACCAUGCAUACUACUAUGCCAUUGAUCUUCUGCCAUUUUAUCAUGAACAUGGCAGGUCGAACCUACAGUGCUAACUUCGCCAUUAUCCGUAGAUUUAAUUUACAUUCCACACAAACUUUGAUUAGGAUGAUGGCCACCCAUUCUUGAUUAAUGGUGAAGUGAGAAAAUAUCGUGGUUCAUUAUGCUAUGGAUCCGGAGAUAAUCCUGGAAUUCAUUCGUUAGGAGGAUUUAAAGAAGGUUGCCAGGCACACCGAAAGUGUCGCCACUGUCUUGGAAAUCAUGAGGAGAUUAAAUGUAUGGUAAGUGAACAUCAUAUGCACGAGUUAUGCAUUAAUGUCCACACACCCUGGACUCAAAACAGUUUUUCAAUGGAGUAUGAUUAUCAAGAAAAGAUUCAUGUCUAUAAUAAGAGAGAUUCAUGUUCUAAAGAAUAAAGUGCAAUUUCACUAAGGUCUUUUUCAAAUCUGAUUUUCAUAUUACUGUAUAUCAAAUCUGAUUUUCAUAUUACUUGCAUUUAUAUAUUUUCAGUUUCAUGAGAAACAUUUUUUGCUUCGAACCCCCUGAAAGUUACGACAAACACUGUGAGGAAAUAUCAGCUUUUGGAGAGUAUUUUAGUAAAAUGUAUGGGAUUAACCGAAGAUCAAUCCUGAACAACAGCAGGUUUUUUCAUGUGGUUGGUGGACUGCCUACAGACGUGAUGCAUGACAUACUUGAAGGGGCAUUGCACUACGAAAUGAAGAUGUUGAAAGACUUUAUCAAGAAUGAAGCUUACUUAACCGUCGAUGAAUUAAACAACAGAUUAUCCAAAUUUGAUUUUGGAUAUUAUAAUGAUACAAACAAGCCAUCGCCAAUAACUGAGAAGAAGCUCUCGUCUAAUGACAACAGCCUGAAACAACAUGGUAGGUUCAUGUUUAACAUUUUUUUACUUUUUUAUAGAAUGGAGCCCAUAGUCAGUUUCAUCCAUAAAGUAUAUGAUGCUCGCAAGUAGUGUUUGCCCUUAGAGUCCUGGUCAACCACAAUACAUUGCGUGCACUUUUUUACAGUAUUCUCCAUUUUCAUUGGCUAUGAAAAUGGCGGACUUUAAUCCAAUUCUUUUGAUGGCAAACAAAUGAAUGAGUUAACAUUAAACACACAAUAAUGUGAUAAUUUAAAAUAUGGCAAAACAAGUUAAUUAUUUAUCAGGUUCAAUCAUCUGCAGACAUUGCAUGAUUCAAUUGUGAACAAACAUUACCUGUAUAAUGUCUUGUUAAUAGUAACAAUGUCUUACAUUUUUUGUUUCAAUUGUAUUGUGCUCUAAAGCUGCUCAAAUGUGGUGCUUGGCCAUUCACUUGCCGCUGAUCAUUGGGGAGUUGAUUCCACUGGACAAUGUUAAAUGGCAUCUCUACUUAAAAAUGCUGGAAAUAAUGUCGAUAUGCUUUUCUCCAACAAUAUCCAUGGAUCAGAUAGCAUACCUUCAAGUUCUAAUUGAAGAUCACCAUACCGAGUUCUGUAAUGUUUAUCAAGAAUGUUCAAUCAUUCCCAAGAUGCACUUCAUGAUCCACAUGCCAACCAUUAUGUUAAGGUAUUCUGAGGGCAGACUAAAAAUGCAAAUAAAUAUAGUAAGUUUUUAAUCGAUGUUUCAUAUUAACCCAUUUACUUCCAGUAGUCCACUACUGAUGAGUAAAAUCGUCUGGUGUUAAACAGAGUAAAUACUAAAGUAGGGCGCAAUGCCAGCUAAUGGGUUAAUAAGAGACAAUGGCUGAUAGGUUUGUUAACUCAUUUACUGACAAUACUGUACAACUCACAAGUAAAAUUGUCUGGCAUUAGACAGAGUAAAUACUAAAAUAGGCGCAUUUGGGCACAUUGCCAGUCAAUGGGUUAAAUAUAUCUUAAAAUGAAUAUAUACAUAUAUAUUAGAGGUGUGCAUCGGAUCGGAUUGGAUGUUUGUAAUCCGACAAUUGGCUAAUGUUUAAAAUCCGAUCCGAAAUUGUCUAAUCCGAAUCCGAUCCGAGUUCUAAUAAGGUAUUUCAAUCCGAUCCGAAGAAUUCUUUAAUAAAAUAAAUUUUUCAUUCACGUUGAAAUGUUUAACCAAAUCAAUAGAAAAACAAGAAAUACAUGUCAAGAAGCUGACAAAGUGAUGUCCAAAUGAAAAAUAUGACGUAUCAAACGAAAAAUGCAGUGACAACGGCGAGAAUGCUUUGAUAAAUGCAUGGAUAAUUAAUUCUUGCAAUAAUACACGGAUAAUUAAUUCAUUUUAUUUCGAAUAUCGAAGUCCGAUCCGACUGCGAAACAACUUUAUCAAUCCGAUCCGAUAUGUAUAUUUUUGUUACGAAAUCCGAACGAAUCGGAUCGGAUUUGCACACCUCUAAUAUAUAUAGCCCUGGGGGCACAUAGUGUACACCCCCAUAAGAAAAUAUUUUUGCAACCCCCCCCCCCAAGAUGUUAGCCCCCCCCCAAAAAAAAAGAAAAAUACAACCGGAAAUUUAAAUUGUAUUAAAUGACAGUAGUAUGCAUUUUUGGCACCCCCUGAAUUUUGGCCACCUUUCCUGAAUUUUUGGCAACCCCCCCCCCGAGAAAAAUCUGAAAAUCCGUCUCUGAUAUAUAGAGAGUGUGUGUGGUAAGUAUACAGUAUGUACUGUAAUGGUUUCGCCAUAUUAACUUUAGCCUAGGGCCACUUGUUCGAUCUUGGUGUAUGCGCUAUGAGGCCAAGCACCACUACUUCAAGAAACUGUGCACAAUUAUUGGCAACUACACGAAUCUUCCAUACACACUUUCAAUGCGUCAUCAACAUUGGGUGUGUUACAAGAUGAAUUCAUCCGGAAACCACAAAUCUUCCUUUUUGGAGAAGGGCAUUGAAACUGGAGCAGGUAAUUUUGCUGCCUUUUUAAAAUUGGUGAUAUCAAAACCCAGAAAGUAGAAACUACGCUGUAAAAUGCUAGCUUUGUAUUUUCAAUAUUAGCUUAAUAAUAAAUCAUAUGAAUAUUUCACAAAGUUCAAUCUUGCUCAUACCAAUCAUGAAUAUGUAGGCUGUAAAAAAUUACUACAGUGGAUCUGCUUACUGCUACAAAUGCAUAGCAUUUUACAAGCCAACACUCUACACAUCAAAUCCCUUGUAUACAGCAAAAGAUUACAGUUCAGAGGUAUACUUACCCAACAAUCAAGUUCUUUCAAUAAUCAUUUUCACUGUAUUGUUUACAUGAAGGUAAAACAAUUUGUGCAGGUGAGCUCAACUAUUUUGAAGCCUUGAAAGGAAAACAUAAUCAACUGCAGAGAACAACAAACAUUACAAAGUAAGCAUAAUAAAUGUUCAUUUUAUAUAAUAUAUAAAUAUUGAUUACAGUAUACUGUGGGUCCAUUCAUCUAUUGGUGUCAAUAAUAUUUCUAAACACGGUGUUAAAGUGCAUAGUAACUUAAUUCAGCUACAGUAGUAUGCUGCACAUACCCAGUGAUCUUGUGUUCGUAUUUUAGCCAAUCAGCGCUCAGAAAGGGUUGUCCGAAUAGAAAUCCAUUUUGAUGUAUUCAGUCAAUCAUAUCUUUCGUUAUUCUUUAUGAAACUAGUUGAAAUUUUGUAAUUAUGUUUGCUUAUGAGAACCAUAGCUCUGACAAAAAUAUGGAAUCGAAAUAAAGUAUAUUACAGGAGAUAUUCAGUUGUUUUAAUCAUAAAAUAGAUUUCUAUUUGACAACUAGUGCCAGUACUUUUCCGCGUAUCAAGAUCACCUGGUAAUUAUUUUGUUUUUGCUUUAGACUGAAAUGGAUAUCUGUUCAUGGAACAAGAUUUAAAGUGGGAGGUGUUGUUUUCAUUGGACACGAUGAUGAAGAAGUACCAAGAUUUGCUGUGGUGAAGGACAUGUGCGUUGUUGAGGAAAGUUUAGAUAAUUUAUGGCUGGUCACAGAAGGUUUGCUGACAACCUGUUUCAACCAACACUUCAAUGCAUAUGAAGUAAUGCCAAUUACAGAAGAUAAUUUGGUUCUGUUAAAACAACAUCAUCUCCCUUAUGCAGGGCCGUCCUCAGGAAAUUCUUCAGGGGGGGUGUAAUAAGGUCAAUUCAACCGACUGGUUCAAAAAAAAAUUUUCCGGAUCAAAAAUUUUUUGUCGACCCCCCCUCCCCCCCCCGUCACCAAAAAAUUUCGGUCAGUGUACCAUUUUAGGGGUCCAAAAAUUUUCCCAGACGUACAAAAAUUUUCCGGAACAUUCAAAAAUUUUCCGCACAUAACAAAUUUUCAACAUUUUUUUACAUUUUUCCAAAAUUUUUACAUUUUUCCUCAAAAUUUUCCUAAAAUUCCCACCACAUUCUUGCCCUUUGCGCCAAAAAUAUUUAACCCAAAUAGCAGUUCUACCGACUGAAUAGCAGUCCUACCGACCGAAUAACAGUCCUGCCGACUGAAUACAAUUACUGGGGGCUGUCACACCCCCCCCCACCCCCCCCGUAACUCCGGGCCUGCCCUUAUGGUCUCCAACUUCAUUGUAUUAAUAUUAAACAGGAUGGACAUGUAAAAGCUUGUAUUUGUCCAAAGUACCAAUUGCCACUAAUAUAAGAACAGAAAACUAG